UUUAGAUUAAGGGAUAAUGUCUUGAGCUAUCUUAAUCACCAAGGCCCAGCACCUAGCCGUUAUGCGCAUGUUGUCCUUGACAACCGCGCCACUACUCCGUACUGACCCUUAUUAUGCUGAUAUUCUGGUGGGGCCACUACCCAUCACUAAUCAAUCGACCCAUAUGUGGGAGCCACCUCUACCACCCACUAGAGUAUCCUUACACGCGCAAGACUCACGGUUGUGUUGUGCAUCCACCAACCAACCACUCAUCAUCCCACAAACUGUCUAAUCAACAAUACCUGAGCCAUCACCAACAAUUUCCAGUGUUAUCACCCGUCAAUAUCCAGAAAUGCCUCUCUCCCAACACACCGCCCUCCCCCACGUCGCCAACGCCUUCGGGACCAUCUUCAUCGGAUUCGGGGUCAACGCUCUCCUCCGCCCCGAGCACGCCUUGACCUUCUUCGAAUGGGCACCGCCCACCACUCUCCCCGAGCGACAACUGGUCAACAGUCUCGUGCACAUCUACGGCGUCCGCGAUAUCUUCAUGGGUUUGGCGAUCUACGCUGCCUCCUUCUACGGGACUCGGAAGUCGCUCGGGUGGACGCUGCUGGCGGGCAGUGCGGUGGCCUAUGCCGACGGGGCGGUCUGUUGGACAUGGGGACAGGGACAAUGGGGUCACUGGGGGUAUGCACCGCUGAUUACGACGGUUGGCGCUGUGCUGGCUGGGCUUUUGGAUGGAGCGUGAUAAGUGUUGCUUCGGCGUGGAUCUGCUAUGUUGGAGGAGCACACAUAUGUACUCGUGCUGAAAGCAGGGAUUUGACGAUGGAUUGGAGUAGAAUGGCUUUGUGAAUCCGCACUGUGAGUUGGGAAUAAUUGAGUGAACUAUAAUUUGAGGCUGCAUGCACUGUUAGUAAUCACCCUUGCCAAGGCUAUCAAGCCUCGUCGAGGGGUUGCCAGCAAAUCUCGCAAUAAACAGAAGCUAUCAAAAACAGUCUGCAGACGA